AAGCUCUUUUUAUUGGUCAGGCUAACAUCUAUCAGCCUAAGCAAGCACUACUGAAAAACUACGGCACCUUGAUGAAAUGGAGAAGUCAAUAUAACAUAUCUCUUUGUAAAGAGAAUUAUUAUUCUUUUAAAUCUACUUUAAUAUUUCGAGACAUAACUCAAUGUAAUAUAAUCUUAAUAUGCCAAAAAAUCUUCCAGAAUUUUUACAUGUCUUUUUAUGCCAUGAAUAAACACAGUUGAAGUGGAAAAAUAAGUGAGUUGGAUUACAACGCAAGAUUCAUGCAGCUGUCCAGAAAUUCAAUUCUCGGUCGGUAAUGCUGGAAAUUCCAGUGUACAGUUGUCAAGUAAAUGUCAAAACAAAGAAGGUGUACGUCAAUAAAAAGAAAUGUGUCAACAUAAAUCAAAAUCGGAAAACCUAAAAAAUAUGGUUAAAUCCAAAUGAAAUGUAUUCUAAUUUGUUUUUAGUUGGUGUUUGAAGGGAACUUAAUAACAAAGUCAAAAUGGCAAUGGAGUCAACAACUUUGGAGAUGUUUGAUGAAGUUCAAGGGGGCUACGUGGAAGGUGAAAUGAAUGUUCCAAAGCCUCAGAAUAGAAACAGCAUAGGUCAGCCAGAUUUCAACACAUUAGAUGAACCUAUUCGUGACACUAUAUUAAGGGACCUCAGGGCUGUUGGUGUCAAGUUUGCAUAUGUUCUGAUUCCUAAAGAAAAGAAGACUCUCCUGAAGGAAUGGGAUCUGUGGGGGCCUUUACUGCUAUGUACUUUUAUGGCAAUGAUACUGCAAGGAUCUGAUACAGCAGAUAAUACCAAUGAUGGAGGUCCAGAAUUUGCAGAAGUUUUUGUUAUAGUUUGGGUUGGAUCAAUGGUAGUUACAUUAAAUUCAAAACUUCUAGGUGGCAACAUAUCCUUCUUCCAGAGUGUGUGUGUUUUGGGUUAUUGCUUGCUACCAACAACAAUUGCUUUAAUAGUGUGUAGAAUUCUACUUCUCUUGAAUCAGACAAACCUGCUGUUUUUUUUGAGAUUUGCUGUAUCAAUGAUGGGAUUCAUCUGGGCUACAUAUGAGAAGUAUUUUCAACACACUCGCGUCUAUCGGUAUACCUCCGUCGCAGUCUUACCGAUGAGAAUCUGCGGUUCGUCGUUUCACAAUUAGGGCUUGCUGCCAUGGUGACAAGGUUGGUGCGGCGAGAGGGAAAGAAUUGGCGAGGUUAGUCAUAGCAACAGUGAAAAUCGUGACUGUCAGUAUGGCAGGAAGAAAAUUUCGAUGGACUAAUUGUAUGAGGCUGUUGACUAACUUGAUCCGUUUAAUAUUUUUCUUAUACGUGUUCGUAGCUAAAUUUUUUCUCAUAGAAGCUAACUUGUCCAAACAUAUGAGCUGAUGGCAGUAUUGACGCAAUUAUUUGUGAAGUCACCGAUUCUGUAACUUAGUAUAUCCGUAUUUAUUCUAUUGUCAAUAAGAUAACGAGAAAUAAAAAAAAAAUUGAACAUAAAUAAUAGUGAGAUAUUAGACAGUAACCUAAUUUUUUAAUAUAUAGACGUUUCAUUGCAAACGUGUACUUCUUAUCUUGAGAUAAAUCAGUAUAUUGUUUUAUUUCAGCUUCUAUGAUUUUCUUGGGAGAUAGCCAGAAGCCAAACAGGAAAAUGUUAGCAUUGUAUCCUAUCGGACUUUUUUAUUUCAUAAUAUCGUGGUUGGUUAUAUCGCACACUAGUUCAUAAACAUGUAAAUAUUUUUAGAAUUAAGUCAAUGCAUUGAGUCGUUUUAAUCAAGUGUAAUGCGUUUUGUACAUAUACAGUUUUGAUGGACAGUAUUUAUAUAAUUUAUUGUACAAAUAUAAUUUCAAACAUUA